GCGGUAUCAGCGGCGAUGGCGGCGGGGUCGGGUGGGAAUGGGGGCUCUGGGGCAGGCCCCGGGCCGGGGCCGGGGCCAGGCGGGGGUGGGGGCCCUGGCGGCAGCGGACCGGGCCUGGGGUCCGGCGGGGGUCUCGGCAGUGGCGGGGAGCUGCACCCGCGCACUGGGCGCUUGGUGAGCCUGUCGGCCUGCGGGCGCACAGCGCGGCGGCAGCAGCCGGGCCAGGAGUUUAACCACGGGUUGGUGCUGAGCCGGGAACCCUUGCGCGACGGACGCGUCUUCACUGUCCGCAUCGACCGCAAGGUCAACUCCUGGAGUGGUUCCAUUGAAAUUGGAGUGACAGCUCUGGAUCCCAGCGUACUGGACUUCCCAAGCAGUGCCACUGGGCUCAAGGGAGGCUCCUGGGUGGUAUCGGGCUGCUCGGUGCUGAGGGAUGGGCGCUCUGUGCUGGAGGAAUAUGGCCAGGACCUGGACCAGCUUGUCGAAGGGGACCGUGUUGGUGUGGAGCGCACAGCCACCGGGGAGCUCCGGCUCUGGGUGAAUGGGCGCGACUGCGGCGUGGCUGCCACAGGCCUGCCUGCUCGCGUCUGGGCUGUCGUGGACCUUUAUGGCAAGUGCACCCAGAUCACUGUGCUGCCCCCCGAGCCAGGCUUCAGCCCUCCCACCCCCAGCCCUACACCUCCUCUUGAGCCCUUGGCCCCUCCGGAAGAUUCUGCCUUGUCGGAACAGGGGACCUCUGUGGAUGAAGCCUUCAUAGUGUCCCCAGCGCGGGCCCGGCCGGAGACGUUCCCCAACAGCCUUGAUUCGCAUAAUGACUUUGCCAGCAUGGAGCUCUCCGAGGUGGUGAGCAAUGCUAUCUUGUCGGCCUACAAUGGAGGCCUCCUUAAUGUGAACCUGAGCUCCCCACCAGCUGGGGAGGGCUCAGCGUCCAGCGGACCUGCCACUUCCCCCAUCCUGACCUCCAACGACGCCCUGCUCUUCCAUGAGAAGUGUGGAACCCUCAUCAAACUCAGCAACAACAACAAGACGGCGGAGCGCCGGAGGCCCCUGGACGAAUUCAACAAUGGCGUUGUCAUGACCAACCGCCCUCUUCGGGAUAAUGAGAUGUUUGAGAUCCGUAUUGAUAAGCUUGUAGACAAGUGGUCAGGCUCCAUUGAGAUUGGUGUCACUACCCACAAUCCCAACAGCUUGGAGUACCCAGCCACCAUGACCAACCUCCAGUCAGGUACCAUCAUGAUGAGUGGCUGUGGGAUCCUGACCAAUGGCAAGGGUACCCGCCGGGAGUACUGUGAAUUCAGUCUGGAUGAACUGCAGGAGGGUGACCAUAUUGGCCUGACGAGGAAGUCCAACUCUGCCCUGCACUUCUUCAUCAAUGGCAUUGAUCAGGGUGUGGCUACCCCCCUGACGCCACCAGUGGUGUAUGGUGUGGUAGACCUGUACGGGAUGGCUGUGAAAGUGACCAUCGUCCAUAAUAAUAACCACAGUGACCGUCUCCGCCGGAACAAUGCCAUCCUGAGGGCACUGUCCCCGGAGGGUGCUCUCCGUCGGGCUGCUCCUGCUGCCCAGGCAGAACCCGAACGCCUGCUCUUCCAUCCAAACUGUGGACAGAAGGCAGCCAUCACCCACGAGGGACGCACUGCCCUUAGGCCCCACGCCACUGACGACUUCAAUCAUGGCGUGGUACUGAGCAGCAGAGCCUUGCGGGAUGGAGAGGUGUUCCAGGUGCGCAUUGACAAGAUGGUGGACAAAUGGGCCGGCUCCAUUGAGAUUGGUGUCACCACCCACAACCCCGCCUACCUCCAGUUACCCUCUACCAUGACCAAUUUACGCUCCGGGACCUGGAUGAUGACUGGGAAUGGGGUCAUGCACAAUGGAACGACCAUCCUGGAUGAGUAUGGACACAACCUGGACCGCCUCAAGGCAGGGGACACGGUGGGCGUGGUGCGGCGGGAGGACGGAACCCUCCACUUCUUUGUCAACGGGAUGACUCAGGGCCCUGCCGCCUGGAAUGUCCCCCCGGGGGUCUAUGCUGUCGUCGAUCUCUAUGGCCAGGCUGCCCAGGCCACUAUUGUGGAUGACGUGGAGGUGCCUCCGGUCUCUGAGCCACUCCCUGAAGGGAACAACCAGAUGUCUCCAAGUUCUCCAUCCUCAGCAGCUGGCGGCUCCGACCUCCGCUUCCACCAGCUGCAUGGCAGUAAUGCAGUCAUCACCAACGGGGGUCGGACUGCUCUCCGCCAUAACUGCCGAAGCGAAUUCAAUGACGCCAUUGUCAUUUCCAACCGAGCCCUACGCGAUGGAGAACUGUUUGAAAUUGUCAUUCAGAAGAUGGUGGACCGCUGGUCAGGCUCCAUUGAAGCUGGAGUGACUGCUAUUCGGCCUGAAGACCUGGAAUUUCCCAACACCAUGACAGACAUUGACUAUGAUACAUGGAUGCUAAGUGGUACAGCUAUCAUGCAAGAUGGUAAUACAAUGCGCAACAACUAUGGCUGUGAUCUGGAUGCACUGGGCACAGGUGCACGCAUUGGCAUGAUGCGGACUGCCAAGGGUGAUCUGCACUACUUCAUUAAUGGACAGGACCAAGGCGCCGCCUGUUCAGGCUUGCCUCCGGGUAAAGAGGUGUAUGCAGUAGUGGAUCUCUAUGGCCAGUGUGUCCAAGUGUCCAUCACCAACGCCACCGGCCCCAUGGACAACAGCCUGGCGACCAGCAACACUGCCACUGAGAAGUCAUUCCCUCUGCAUUCCCCAGUGGCGGGUGUAGCUCACCGAUUCCACAGCACAUGUGGCAAAAACGUCACUCUGGAGGAGGAUGGCACACGGGCGGUUCGUGUGGCUGGCUAUGCUCAUGGCCUCGUUUUCAGCACCAAGGAGCUCAAGGCUGAAGAAGUCUUUGAGGUGAAAGUGGAGGCGUUAGAUGAGAAGUGGGCAGGGUCCUUCCGGCUGGGGCUGACCACACUAGCACCCGAGGAGAUGGGGCCUGGGGCAGGCAGUGGGCCGGGGCUGCCUCCUUCCUUGCCUGAACUCCGGACAAAGACCACCUGGAUGGUGUCCAGCUGUGAAGUGAGGCGAGAUGGGCAUCUGCAAAGGAUGAACUAUGGCCGGAACCUCGAGAGGCUAGGGGUGGGGAGCCGUGUAGGCAUCCGUCGGGGCGCCGACGACACGAUGCACAUCCUGGUAGAUGGAGAAGAUAUGGGACCUGCAGCCACUGGCAUUGCGAAGAACGUGUGGGCUGUGUUGGAUCUAUACGGGCCAGUACGCAGCGUAUCCAUCGUCAGCUCCACAAGGCUGGAGGAACCAGAAGGCACCCAGCCACCUUCUCCCAGCUCAGACACUGGCAGUGAGGGCGAGGAGGAUGAUGAGGGCGAGGAGCAUGGGCUGAAAGGCCAGAAUCAAGUGGGUGUUAUGCCCACAGCCCUUGAAUUCCUGGAGAACCAUGGGAAGAAUAUCCUCUUAUCCAACGGGAACCGGACAGCCACGCGAGUGGCCAGCUACAAUCAGGGCAUCGUCGUCAUCAGCCAGCCCCUGGUACCCCAUCUGCUUGUCCAGGUGCGGAUAGACUUCCUGAACCGACAGUGGACAUCGUCCCUCGUUCUGGGAGUCAUCACCUGCCCACCCGAGAGGCUGAACUUCCCUGCCUCUGCUUGUGGGCUUAAACGGGCAGCCUGGCUCCUGCGGGGCCGAGGUGUCUUCCACAAUGGGCUGAAGAUCUGUGAGAAGUUUGGGCCAAAUCUUGACACCUGCCCUGAAGGCACCAUCCUGGGGCUGCGGCUGGACUGCUCUGGAGGGCUCCAUCUCCACAUCAAUGGGGUGGACCAAGGGGUGGCUGUGCCGGAUGUGCCCCAGCCAUGCCACGCACUUGUGGACCUCUAUGGACAGUGUGAGCAGGUGACAAUUGUGAGUCCUGAUCCAGUGGCUGCCAGUGGGAAGAUUUCUGGAACCCAAGGAGACAUGGAAAAAGCUGAUAUGGUAGAUGGUAUAAAGGAAAGUGUGUGCUGGGGUCCACCGCCUGCUGCUAGCCCUUUAAAGAGCUGCGAGUACCAUGCCCUUUGCUCUCGCUUCCAAGAAUUGCUGUUGCUUCCGGUGAAGAAUUAUUUCAUGCCUCCACCGAAGCGGAGCUUAUGCUACUGUGAAUCUUGCCGAAAGCUGCGAGGAGAUGAGGCCCAUAGGCGCCGAGGAGAGCCUCCCCGGGAGUACGCCCUGCCUUUUGGAUGGUGCAGGUUCAAUCUUAGGGUGAACCCUCAUCUAGAGGCCGGGACACUAACGAAGAAGUGGCACAUGGCGUACCAUGGAAGCAGUGUGGCGGUUGUGCGGAGGGUGCUGGACCGGGGGGAGCUGGGAGCAGGUACGACCUCUAUCCUGAGCUGCCGACCCUUGAAGGGAGAGCCUGGGGUGGGGUUCGAGGAGCCUGGGGAGAACUGCGCGCCCCCCCGGGAGGAGCAGCCGCCCCCCGUGCUGCUCUCCCCGUCCCUUCAGUAUGCCGGGGCGGAGACCCUGGCCUCCAAAGUGCAAUUCCGGGACCCAAAAUCCCAGCGGACACACCAGGCUCAGGUGGCCUUUCAGGUGUGCGUGCGCCCUGGCUCCUACACUCCCGGACCUCCGUCGGCUGCCCUCAGAGAACUUCCUGACCAGCACUUCAGCCCCUCGGAACUUGAGUGGGUCACUAAGGAGAAAGGAGCCACCCUCCUCUAUGCCCUGCUGGUACGGGUGGAAUAGGGGUGAGCUACCACUCCUUUAAGCACAGCUGGGCCUCAAGCCCCGGCCGGACUCGAUGACGACUGCCUCCACCUCAUUCCAGUGACUUGGGCAUGUGCGGUGCUUUCCUGGCAGGAGGCACGCAGACAGGCUUUGGUUUAUCCAGGUGUGAAGCACAUCUCUACAUUCAGGGCCCAGCACACUCCCUCUGCGGAGAGGGAGCUUGUAGGGAGCCCGGCUCCAAGCUCUGGGUCCCCCCUUCAUGCACUGAUUUAGGGAACAUGACUCCCUACUACCCCCUCCCCCCAUAUCACUUAAUUUAUUUCCGUUUUUGUUCUGGUUACUGUGAAUCCCAAAGGAGUAUCUCUGUGCCCACACGAAGCUGCUUUUUCCGUGGCCACGGGGUGCCAUGGGGCGGGAGUGGGAAGGAAGGGCAGCCCAAGAAAGCUGCGGGCUCUCUGUACAGUUGUUACUGACUCUGAUUUCUAAGGAGCCAAUAAAUACUGUCUUCAGA